AUGAGACCUAAAUUAUUUUAUUUUUGUUUUUCAUUUUAGUUCGCGAACUGGAGUAGUGGUGAAUUCAAAUUAUUUUUUUUAGUUAAUUUUAUCUUAUAUUUUUAAACAUAUCAACCUUUUAAUUAAUUAUCCAAAACUAAUUUGUUAUGGCACAGACUGAUGUAAACGUAACCUAGGUAACAUAGCCUAACUCAUUGAGGUUUUGUGGUUGGACUAAGAUAGGGUAAAAUGUUUGUUCUGAAUGUAUGAAACAUACAUUCAUGAUAUGUGUAAACUCAUGUUUAGUGUAGGGAGUGAAUUAAUUUCCUAUCAGAUCCAACAGAAGGUUGGCCAAAAUUGUGUUUGGGCAUUAUAAUGGACAUUUUGUAUCUGUGAUAAACAUGAGUUCAUAUUUUGUGAUCUUACUAUAUCUACUUGGUGACAUGACUUUUUUAGUGGUGAAAUAUAAUAUUGAAGUUGAACAAAGGUAAUCAUGGAAGAAGAAGAUCUAGAACCUGACUUAAGGGAGCAGAUGUUCCACAACACUGUUAGAGAGUACAUUAUAUUCCUGCUGUUGUUCAUUGCUCUCUACGCCUUAAGCUACUUUAUAAUUAACAAAUUCAGGGAAAAACAUCAUGAUGAUUUCUUUCCUAUUGAUGAAGAUGACUAUACUGUUCAUAGGAUAAGUUUGUGGCUUGCAACAUUCUCCUUCUCUAUAUGUUUGUGUGCAACUAUGCUCUUGCCUUUCUCCAUAGCCAGUAAUGAGGUUCUGCUGCACUAUCCAACCAGCUACUAUGUUAAGUGGCUCAAUCAUUCCCUUGUACAAGGUUUGUGGAACCUUGUCUUUUUAUUUUCCAAUGUCUCGCUCUUCAUUCUUCUGCCUUUCGCCUACCUCUUUACUGAAUCUGAAGGGUUCACAGGCAACAGAAGGGGUGUGGUGUCAAGGUUGUAUGAAACUUGUGCAGUUCUCUCUCUGUUGAUGGCAAUAGUCCUGGGACUCACCUAUGUUGUGGCCUCACUCAUUGACAAAGACAAUGCUGACAUCCAAACUUUUUUCAAUCUUGGCAGCUACUAUCUUCCGUUUCUGUACUCGUGCAUAUCGUUCUUUGGAGUACUCAUGCUAUUAUUGUGCACUCCCCUGGGUCUGGCAAGGCUGUUUAGUGUUGUUUCUAAUCUUCUUGUUAAACCGCAAUUUCUCAGAGAUCUUCACGAGGAGUUCUACAUUGCAAGCUUGGAGGAAAAUGUCUACAAAACAAGGUUGGAGACAGCUAAAAAGACUGGAAAUUACUUGAGUCCCGUACCAAUGAAUUCUAAGUCCCCAGAAAAAGUGUUGCGGCUAAUCAAUGGUGCUUUGUUGGUAGGGUUAACUGAGAAAGUAGAAGAACUUACUCACCAAAGGAAAAAACUUGACAUGCAGCGCCACACGUGGGUACUUCAGCGUAACGUGGUAUACCCUGUGUGUAUGUUGUGUUUGCUGUGUCUCACUGCUAUCACUGUGCUAAUGGUUUGGCAAAAUGCAGUGGAGCUGCUGAUAGGCAUCAAGGCUCUUCCCAUCAGCACCAGGCAAUUCACUCUUGGCCUGACAUCUUUGUCCAAGCUGGGACCAGUAGGGGCUGUGUUGGAGGUAGUUCUGAUCCUCUACCUAGCUGCCACCUCAGUUGUGGGACUGUACUCUCUCCCUCUACUGCGAAGACUUACCCCCUGUCAGAACAACACCCCCUUCUACCAUCUACUGGCCAACUGUAUCUUGCUGCUUGUACUCAGCUCAGCUCUGCCCCUCCUGGCGCGAACUCUUGGUAUAACCAACUUUGAUCUGAUGGGGGAGUACGGACAGAUAGAGUGGCUCGGCAACUUCAAGAUCGUCUUGUUGUACAACAUUGUGUUUGCUGCAGCGUCAACACUUUGUCUGUCCAACCAGUGUACACUAGCAGUUCGCCGUGAACUUUAUAACAGGUUUCACAGCUUGGUAUCAUUUGGGAAUGUAGACCGCAACCGAGCCCAGGCAUAUACACCCAAACAAGACUGAUUUUUUUAAGGCUAGAAGCAGAUCCAAAGGGUAUGUUAGUAAGUCUGCAUUGUUUGUAUUAUAAACUGUAAUUGUGUAUUGUGCAACACUGUGAUGCUUGUAAAAAUAGUUUUAAGUUUAAUUUUAUUCCCAACCCCUUGAUUUUGUGUAAAAGAUGUGUUAUCAUUUUAAUUACCAAAUAUUUAUUGAUUAGGUAAUCACUGUAAGGCUUUAAUUAAUUUAGGUCCAGGAAGUAAUUUAUUAUCAACUGAUUAGCACGUGAAAUAACCUAUUGAAUCACACAUCUAUUGUAUAGUAAUAUAUCAAAGCACAAGAUUAGUAAUAUCAACUUAAAAUUUCCUACAAUCCAAAACAGACUUUUUCAAAGACUGAAUACUUUUAUAUAACUAAAGGUAGCAUGAAAUACGGUCCAUUUAAAAUGGAUUUUGCAUUAUUUUAAUGAGUGAUCAGUAAUCUAUUUAAUUUUUUUAUGCAUGUAUCAAAUACAUCAAAGCAAUUUCAGUAGUUUUUUUUUUUGUAUUCUAAAGUUUUUAACAGCUUUUAUUGUUACACAUGAAUAAAAUCAUGAAUUUAUGUUAUAUCAACAUUGAAUCUGUGAUAGUAAAAUACAAUAAAGUAAAAACAAUCCUCCAAAAACCUACUUUAUGUAUGUCAAACCUAACCAUAGUCUGUACGGUCAAAACUGUCUCCUGCUCCUCAGUCUACGUGGGACUGGCCCAGGCCUUAAACCCGAUAGCUGCUCCUCGGCUGUUCUACUAAUUAGUCACCUUUUAGCUUUCCCACUAGCUUCAGUAACUUUUUUACCUAAGUCAUAACUUCCAAAUUUGUAUACAAAAUUUUAGAAGUAUAUAAAAUAAGAUCAUUGAUUGAUUUACAAGGGCGAAUUUGAUUGAGAAUCUAAUAUUUUUAUGUACUUCUCAAAUUAUUGAUAAAAUUUGUUGUAGUUAUGACUUGUGUAAAAAAGUUACCGAAACUAUUGGAAAAGCUAAAAGGUGACUAAUUAGGGCGAUUGGUGCAGAUAUCGGGUUUAUGGCCCGGACCAAAGGGUCAGGAGACAGCUUUCACCGUACAGACUAUAGUUUUAAAAUAAUCCUAAAGAGGUAAAAAUUUACGUGUAUCAAAGGGGAAAGUUUUAAAUGUUAUAAUAAAUUAAAACCUAGUUUGUGUUUGUUUGAUUAUGUGAAUAAUAUUUGUAAAUGAAUUAUAAUUACUGUAGCACAGUUGGUUUUUAUUUAUCUCUCCAAGAGGGCAUUAUUUUAACUAUUACUGUUCUGUAACAGAGAAAAUUUAAUGUCACAUGAAUAAAGUGCAGUUUUAAGGUUUUAGUUACAUAAUGAUAGAUAUUUUUGUACAUUUUAGUUUAGUUAAAGUUCAGUUUAACUGAUUUUAAUAAAAACUUCAGAUCACCUCUCAUUUAGUGUUUUAACAAUUGUGAUCAGUGUUUAGAAUAAUCAAGGUUUUUAUUUUAUCAUUUUAAUCUCAAAUGGAUCAUUUGAUUUGAACUCAACAGUUGGAUCAUUAGCACAUUUAAUGUUUUGUUGUACAAAGAUACGUAAGUUUAAUUUAUUGUUUAAACUUGUGAAUAUUAGUGAAAUUGUUUUAGAGUUAAAAGCCUAUCACGGCUAUUUCUGUCUAGUCUAGUUUAGGUUUCUGUUCCACUUUUGUAUGUUAUUGAUAGUUUUAAUUUCAUGGCUCAUAGAAAUAUCUUUAAUAUGCUCAGCAAAAUAUAUUACAUUUUGAAUGUAUGUUGGUAUAUGUGUAGUUGACUUUGAACUGUCAAAGUUACCAUGAACUUAUGUUAACUUUUUGCAUUCGUUUCCCAAAACUAGUUUUACGUGGUUUGAGUUGGUUUUAUCAUAAACUAUCCUUGUAUUUAGUUAAUAUGGUUAGAUGAAAACAGCAAAUUAAUGCAUGUAGAACAUGAUUUAAUGAUUACUAUUUGAUUUGUGUAUGCAGAGGUGCUGACAAUUCUGGGACCAGAUUAAUAUUUUUUAUUUUGUUAAAAAAGUUCAGCAGUUUUAAUUCAGUAUGGUCAUGGUGCUAAAUAAACCUAUUCCCAGAAUGAUUACUGACACUUUCAAAUGUACAGCAACAAACAUACAGGUCAAUGCAAAACGUUCCUCAAAGAUUCAGCAUGAUUUAUAUCAAAGGCUGGUAUGUACAACAUUUAAAGGACUGAUCCUGCAAGCUGCACUCAAACAGUUGCUACAUUACUACAGUCAUUAAAUGUCAUCAGUCUGUAACAUUUAUUAUUAAUUUAAUAUUAAGUUAUUCCUUAAUUUUCUCAAUUUUUAACAUUUACUACUGUUUUAUUAUUUUUAUUUACACACAUUAUUUCAGAGACAAGUUAUGUUAAAAAUGGAGUCGACUAAAGAUUAACUUACUUUUUUAUCUAAUUUCAUAAUUCCGUCAGAUUUUUUCAGCCUAAUCGUAUGGCUUAUUCAUAAAUUCUUUGCCAAAAUCCAUUUUGUAUUCAAUUGUCUAUUUUAAGAGUGGUUUCCCGCUUUAUUACGAGCUUGCACAGACCUAAAAGUGAUGUACACAUCAACCAGUGGAAAGAUAAUUGGUAAAAACACAAGUCUGUUCCUAACAUAUCAGCACCUCUUUGUUGUUAGUAUCUCUCUUGUUACAAAAAAUAAAUAUAUUUAUUUAUUUAUACAUUCUAGUAACUAUAGAUACUUACAAGGCAUGUUUUUUAAGUAAGUUCCGUUUUUAAAAAAUUUCUCCGUUCCAGUGCUGCGAUUGGCAUUUUGGACAUUUGAGCUAUGUAUGUGUAUCUUUUGGCAAGUCUGCACCGGAAAUUCGGCAAAAAUCGGCCGUGU